AUGAGUGAAAAAUUAUUUAGACUUGAUGCAGGUUAUCAACAAUAUGCUUGGGGUAAGAUCGGUUCCUCCUCUGCUGUUGCCCAAUAUGCUCACCACUCUGAUCCAUCCGUGAAGAUUGAAGAAGAUAAACCAUAUGCCGAAUUAUGGAUGGGUACCCACAAAAAUGUUCCAUCAUAUGACCAUGAUUCCAAAAAACCAUUAAGAGAUAUUAUUUCUGAGAAGCCAGAAGCCAUGCUUGGUAAGGACAUCAUCAAGAAAUUCAACUCUACUACAGAAUUACCUUUCCUUUUCAAGGUCUUAUCCAUCGAGAAGGUUCUUUCCAUCCAAGCUCAUCCAGAUAAGGCAUUGGGUAAGAUUUUACAUGCUCAGGAUCCAAAGAACUACCCAGAUGACAACCAUAAACCAGAAAUGGCCAUUGCCGUGACUGAUUUUGAAGGGUUCUGUGGGUUCAAACCAUUAGAUGAAAUUGCUGACGAAUUGAAACGUAUCCCUGAAUUGAGAACCAUUGUAGGUGAUGAGAUUUCCGAACAAUUCAUUAAGGAAAUGAAACCUGAUGCUAAGGUUGGUUCCUCUGAUGAUGCUAACAACAGAAAGUUGUUGCAAUUAGUUUUCGGUAAAGUUAUGAAUGCUCCAGAAGCUGUUGUUACUAAGGAAGCUCGUUCUCUAAUUGAAAGAGCUCAUAAUAAUACUGCCGAUUUUAAUAAGAAGGACUUACCUGAUUUAUUAAUCAGAUUAAACAAACAAUUCCCAGAUGAUAUCGGGUUAUUCUGUGGUGGGCUAUUAUUAAACCAUUGUCGUUUAAAGGCUGGUGAAGCUAUCUUUUUAAGAGCUAAAGAUCCGCAUGCUUACAUUAGUGGUGACAUUAUGGAAUGUAUGGCUGCCUCUGAUAAUGUCGUUAGAGCAGGCUUUACACCUAAAUUUAAGGAUGUUAAGAAUUUGGUGGAAAUGUUAACUUACUCUUAUGACUCUGUCGAAGGUCAAAAGAUGAAAGCUGAAGAAUUCCCAAGAGCCACAGGUGCCGGUGAAUCUGUUCUUUACAAUCCACCAAUUGAAGAAUUUGCCGUCUUGGAAACCACUUUCAAGAAUGCUACUGGUAAGAGACAAUUUAAGGGUUUCAAUGGUCCAAGUAUUUUGAUUACCACUAAGGGUAACGGGUACAUCUCCACUGAAGGUGUCAAACUAAAGGCUGAACCAGGGUUUGUCUUCUUUAUUGCUCCAGAAACUGAAGUGGAAUUAGAAGCUGAAGAUAAGGAUUUCACUACGUACAGAGCUUUUGUUGAACCAAACUAA